UAUUAAUAGCUUAAUUACAUAGCCUGAAGGUACUUUUGUGAAUAAAUGAUAAAACAAAACAUAAGAUAAUUAUCUACAGCUUCCAUGCUUUUUGUGGAAUUAUAAAAAAAACAAAGGAUUUAAAGAUUUUGGUGUCAUAUUUGACAGUUCUUUUUCCGGGACUGUUUAUGACUGUUACACUUUCAUUAAUGCUUUAUGAGGCACAUUAAAAGAUGGUGAAACUGGAUUAGAUAACACAUGUUAACUUAAUUAAAGUUAAAGUAAAAAAUAAUUUAAAAAAUGGCUUUUCCUCGCGGAAAUUUUGACCAUCAUGAGGAGUGGUGUUAAACAUGGUAUCUGCUCAACGAAAAUGUUACGAUUUAGGCUGUCAAGGCGGUAUGGCCUAGGUAAACUGAAGAAAAAAGCUUUCGCCAUUAUUGUGAUUAGUUUCAUAACAAUUUGCUAUAUAAUGAAAGUAACAGUGAUCAACACAGUGGAGGUAGAUGGACGCACGAGAACAACGUUACAUUCAUCAACAAGAGGACUUCAAUGCAGCAGCACAUUACGCCAGACCAAUGCAUCUGUGACUAGAAAAGAUUGGGAUUUCAGAUUAUUUGAGCGCCCACAGUUUCUGAAGAAUUUCAAAAAUCCCUGUUUCUUCCAAAACAUCAGCAUGCGCGUGGACGGAACAGUGACCGGACAGUUCAGAUUACGGUGUCUCCCUUAUUUUAUUAUAGCUGGUUUCCCUAAAGCUGGUACUACGGACCUCUGGUUUCGCUUAAUGAGUCAUCCGGACAUUAGAUUAAGACACAUUAAAGAACCCAGAUUCUUCAAUAUUGGACGUUAUACCCAGGGCGGAUUUAAUUACGCUGCAGCGAAGUAUUUAACCUUUUUCGACAAAGCAGCCGCAGAAUUGCAUCGGCUUGUUGCACCCUUGGAAUGCCAAGAGCAUCCAUUUCCUUAUUAUCACGGCAUAACAGGGGAAGGAACUGUUGAUACAGUGUUUGACAACAAGUUAUGGCAUCUCGUACCUGGGAACGAUCAUUGCAAGGAACCUGUUGUUACGAACGCCGACUAUGUUUACCAUAUAAACCCGGAUGUUAAAAUUAUAUUCAUGGUUAGAAAUCCAGUUGAAAGGCUUUACUCUGAUUACUUGUAUGAAGCGAGAUUUGUACACUAUCCAGUGAGUCGUCAGUUGUUUCAUGAAGCUGUCACAGAUGCGAUACAAAACCACACAGAUUGCAGAAAACAUACCUCAGUCAGGGCUUGUGCAUAUAAUGGAACUCUUGAAACCUUUAAGAUUAGGUUACGUGUUGGAAUGUACAACAUCUUCAUCGCCGAUUGGUUGAAAGUAUUUCCCCACAGAAACAUACUUGUCGUUAAAUCAGAGGAUACCACUGGUCCAAAGAAAUCAGAAACAUACAGACGGAUAUUUGAAUUUCUUAAUAUAAGACCAUUUACAAAGUUAGAGGAAGUUGCUAUUUUCCAUCGAAGUGCUGUAAACACAAGAUCUGCCGGCGAGAGAGAGCUUGGGGAUAUGUUGCCAGAAACUAGGACACUUGUAGAGAAGUUCUAUGAACCAUUCAACAAAGAAUUAACUAAAAUGUAUCCAGAUAUUAAUUACAACAAUAAAUGAAAUAUACAUUAUAGUUUGUCAAGCUAUUAAAAUCUUUACAAGUAUAGCUUUGAAUCGAACGGGCUUCACUUUGGAUGAAAACAUCUUAACAAAAUUGACUUCCAAAGGUAACGAGCAGUAUAGACAAUCGUUUUCCAAAAACAUUAUUAUUGUUUCUAAUGAGUAAAACGUUUGACUGUUUGUUUACAAACUGUUUAUUUUACAAAUAACAAACGCUGGUUUUAUAAAAAAUUUAAGCUGCACAUUGUUAGAUAUUUCAUCUACUAUACAUAAGAGUCCCAUAUAACGCGUUCUUAAAAAAUAUGUGGUUUAGUGUAUAUGAAAGUAGUGUUUAGUGUAAAAUCUUUCAAAAGUAGAAAUCAACAAAGUUAAUUAUGCUUAAUGUGAAUUCCUGGUCUUGUGAGCUCACUGUUAUAUUUGUUUGUUGAAUAUUCCAUUGUUCAGUCUGUUAUAUUUAUGGUGUUUUGGAAUCAUUUAGUCCAUUCAAGGUACCUGUACAACAGAGUUCCGCUUAAGCCGAGAUGCCAGGAUACGUGACUCUUGUUUAGUUUGUGUUUGCUUUCAAAGGAUCUUCUUAAAUUUUAGUUUCUAUUAGUAUUUUGAAGUUGUAUGGACAUUAUGUUGUAGAUAUAUGCAGUCAUCUCAUUUCUAAUUGCAUAUCAAGCGUUUUUCUAUAAGAAAUACUAUUGUUGUUUUAGCAGUAGCAUGAAAAUUUCAUCAAUUAAAAAGAGCUUUAAAAGACAUAUAGAUGAAUUGAUUUGUGCAAUAUGUUAUAUUCUUACAUUGAUGUUUUAGAUAUUACUUACUGUUACAGUUUCGUUUGUUUUUAUGGCAUGAGGUAACUAAGUAUGUAUCACGACAAUAGUCUAUACUUUCAAGGAAAUAUGUGCAUUUUCUGAAAACGUUACAGCAGUAGAUAAUAUUCUAGAAAUUUAUUUUCUUUAUAAUCUCGGAUUUUUCUCGAAACUGUCACGAGAUAUGUAGGUAGCUAUAAUAUGGUGGGAUAUUUCUGCCACGAGAUAGCUAGGUAGCUAUCGCGAUACUUCAAAAAUUGUCUUGAUAAAGCGAAGAUUUCUGAAAAUAUUAUCUCAAUAGUCGAAGGUUUCCUGGAAAUUUUAUUGCGAUAAAUUACAUUAUUAUCUCGAUAUCUUUUGCAUAAGUGCACACAGCUGCCAUUUUUAGCUAGACAGUUAUUUCCAUAUUUUCAGAUAUUAUCUUGAUAUUUCGAACUUUUCUGAAAUGUUUAUCUAAACAGCCUAAAGUUUCCUGGAAAUAAGAAGCAUAUCUAGAAAAAAAAAAUCUAUUUUGAUUAUGCUACCAGAAAAAUGCACAACUUUGCUGGAAAUUUUAUAAUAUUAUCGUGAUAGCUACCAAGCAUCUCGUGGCAGAUUCAAGCAUAAACGCGAAAUUUUGCGCUAAAACAUAUUCAGGAAAUAAAUUGAAAUAUCCAGAAGAUGUUAUUUAUGAUUGAAAUGUUUUCAGUAAAAUGCACACAUUUCCUGGAAAGUUUACAAUAUCAUCGUGAUAGCUACCUAGCUAUCUCGUGGCAGAAAUAUGCCACUAUAGUAUUGUAAUCAUAUUUCCAGGAAACUUUCAACUAUCGAGAUAAUUUUUCAGAAAAUUUCAUUUUAUCAAAAUAAUAAUUUUAAAUAUCGCGAUAACCAAGCUAUCUCGUAACAGAAAUAUAUGCGACCAUAAUUUUUGGAUACAGUUUAAUGUUUCAGUGUGUUUUUGACAUAAUAAAUCGGCUGGGGUGGGGGGUGGGGGUUGGGUGGCGUAUGAGAGGUGUUUCUAAGUUAAUUACCUCUCUUGACUGAAUCUGACACGUCAGAUCGAUUCUGUUAUUUUAUUUGGUUGUUUUCUAUGCUUCCAAACGACCUUCUUAGAAAUGUUGUUAUCUAUCACAACUCCUCUAGUCUUUAAGUGACAUGUGGCAGCUGUAAAGACCUGUAAUAGGAUGCAGUGUAUAUUUUCCCGUCAGCUGGAUCAUGGAGUCCAUUGAAUUUUGCUGUAUAAUAAAAUUCAGCUUAAGUCGGUUCUAGGGGCCGUGAGAGGUGUUGCUAAUUUUAUUACCUCCUAUGAAUAGACCCUAUCAAACCGAGUCUGAUUAUACUUUAUUUGGCUGCUUUCUAUGCUUCAAAAGGUUCUCUAAUAGAUUUAAUAAUGCAGAAACGCUUUUCUUGGGACAGUCUUGAUUAUAUGCUGUCCAGCGAUAUUUAGACAGACCACAUUUUAAAUAAAAUUACACGUUGACAAUCUUUUAAAUAAAAUUGUCCACGUGCAAUUUUAUUUUAUGGUGUGGUGUUUUAAUGUUUAGAAUAGAGUGUAAUAUUUAUUUUAUUAUUAUUAUUAUUAUUAUUAUAUUCGUCAUGCAAUUGAAGUGUUUCAUUUUAAAAUGAAUUAUAAUACAUGAUUUACGUUUAGUGAGAUAUAAAUUUUGUUUUAUAUUAAAACAUACAUGAUUUAAGUUUUGUGAGUUAGAAAGUUUGUUUUAUAUUAAAACAUACAUGAUGUAAGUUUUGUGAGUUAGGAAUUUUGUUUUAUAUUUAAACAUACAAAGGAUUUAAGUUUAGUGAGAUAUAAGUUUUGUUUUUAUAUUAAAAUAUACAUGAUUUAAGUUUUGUGAAUUAGAAAGUUUGUUUUAUAUUAAAACAAAGCAUAAAGUAAUAAUACGUUUCUUUAUCUGAACCCUUAUAAAUACGCUUUAAAUAACAUACUAUAGUAUACAGUUUUGCACAAUUACAGGUAUGAAUAUUCCAUUCGUAAACAUAUUAUACGAGGAAUCUUUCAAAAUAUAUGCCAUACUUAAUUUACCCAUCAUACAAAACUGUUUUACUAUGAUAAAACAAUUAAGUAAAGUAAGAACUGACUUUUAAGAUCGGUCGUAGAAAUCUAGCGGUGUGCCGUAACCAUGGAAACGACUACAGAAGCUGGUAAUCGCGGAAACUCAAAAAACUUUCUUGUGUCAUUUUUCAAAAGGUAGUAGUAUUAGAAACUUGAUUUUUUUUCAAAUUUUCAUUAAGUUAUGAAUACCUAUUGUUUGCAGUGAUUAUAUUCUAAAUAUCUUAUUUAAUUUCUUAAUUGUCGUCAGCACGUGCAAUUUUAGUAAUAAGCACGUGCAUUCAGUUGUAAACCAAUAAGGUGCCUAUUUUAAUCAAAAAAUGUUUUCUGGCCUUAAUUACAACUAUUGCUGAUUUUUGGCUGGAAAAUGUUGUAUAAUACGCAAGUAAUUAAAAUUCUAAAAAUUUGGAUACGUCAGUUUAACAUCAUUUUAUAUAUUAAUGCAGCGGAUUGCAUGCCAUAUAGGCUAUUAAGUCGCUUCCUUUUUCAAUACAUAUUGACAAUGAAGUUAAUUAAUUAUGCGUUAAAUAUCGGCUUGGAAUAUUUAAUAGAUAUUAUAUGAAAAACAAUAAAGUUUAUUUAAUUAAUGAUUGGAAAACAUGUGGAUAAAUUGUUUUUGUGACAUUGCCUUUUGUUAGCUGUCAGUAUUGUAUAGAUACGCUUAACAUAUUAUAAUGCAAGCAUAAAAUUGUUCCCUUUUUCGUUGAUAUUUUUACUAUUUCUGUUAUGAAAUCAAGUAUUUUAGAUUUGAUACUUCUAAUUCUUUAAUAAUUAAUCAUAUUACCGGACUUCUCUCCAUAAUUCAGCGGAACCAUUAUGUGAGUAAACUAGGUCUAGAGUAAAGGCUUCUAGUGUGUGUAGGGCGGUUCUACCAAAGUGAUGCUAAUGUACAUGUAGAAAGAAUGAACGAUGAAAUUUGCGAAAUAAUGAUAAUGUUUUGCAUAUUUCUUAUUUUCGGGGUGGGUCACUUAAACUUUAUUGUUACUCUGUUGAAAUCUCGUAUUAUGCAAUACAUUUUCCGGAGCUAUCAUCACUAUCGGUAUGUUAUCAAGUACUAUACAUAUUAUUGUAUAUAGAUCGGAUGGAAAAAUAAAAGGAAAAUACUUUGUUUUUGAAAAAGUGUGUCUGUAUUUCUUUCAUGCACAUUUGUAGUAGCAAUAUACAUCCUCUGCAUGCGGUUACGAAGAAAAAAUACAUAUGUUAUAGUGA